UUAAGCUCCGUCGCAGAGUGAUGACGUAGAAUCCCAGUGCCCGGCGCUGCUGUGGGUUGUGGUUGAAGUGAAGCAAACGAAAGGUGGGGAUUUCCUCCGUGAGACAAACCGAGGGCCCGACACGGUGAAGCUGCGGAGAUGCACACCUCAGUGCGUGAAAUUGAUGUCUCCUCUCAGCCUGACUCCACCUACUUCCUGCGGGUGGACUGGAGGGGGCAGAGCCUAGGUUCAGGCUUCCAGUUGGUGCUAACUGAUGGACAGGGAGCAUGGAGAGGAGAAGUGAGGGACGCAGCGCUGUGUGAGGAGGCGAAGGAGCUGGAGAUGCAGAAGGAGAGGUACAUCCAGGACCUCCAGCAAGCACUGACUGGGACAGAGAGCUCCAUCACCUACAGCUUCACCCUGACGCCGUCUCCACCAAACCACAGGUCCACGGUUACACUGGCAUAUGAGAAGGUGCAGAAAGACAUCUCAUUCAGGCUGGGUUCUGUUUUGUUGAAGUCUGUCGCAGAGCCAGCGGAGGCUGUGAGGGAGUUACUGAUUCACAGUCUGCAGAAGGGAAAUACACUGGACCACCAGAACCAGGAUCUAGAGGAGGAGAACCGGAAACUAAGACAAGAACAGCAACGCAUCACUGCAGACAUGAAGCGAUACGUUGGUGGUAAAGAAGCCCUGGAGACAGAGCUCUACUCUCGAUUUGUCCUCGUCUUGAAUGAGAAGAAGGCAAAGAUCCGCAGUCUGCAGGAAACUGUCUCACAACUGCAGGAAUCCAGUUCUGAGGGAGAGAAAAAUAAGGAUUCAGUAAAAUCCCACCAAACAGCAGCAGAGGAGGAUGAAUAUGGAGGGAGCACUGACGAGGAGCCAGAGGAAGUGAAGUGCACGGCAGCCUCCACUUUACAAUCCCGGGACUCCUCUACACCAAGCCCACUGGAUGGCAGCCUAAAGGACAUCACAGACGUGGCCCCCUGUCGCAAACGGCGGUUUCGUCACCUCAAGGCCUCGGACCCUGCGCUUAAAAGACCAAACCAACAGACUUCCCAUAGAAAGAGAACCCCCCUCCUCUUCUUCUUUUCCUCCCCCCUCAACCACACUUGUCUUGAAUGGGGAAAAUCAAACAUCAUAAAAGUUCCAUGUCAGGGAUCUUCUUUAUGUCGGGCAAUUACACCCAAUCUACCGCAGCUCUCUAAGAUUUUAACCUUUGGACCUGAACAUUCACAUGGUUGGAGGAUGCCCCCACUAAAUUGCUGUUGAGCUGUACGUGAAGUAUACACAAGGCUAAAGUGGCAGUAGAGCUAAUCUCAUUGGUAUGGUAGCAGUCAGUUGAAACCAGGGAUUGACCACAACACAAUCAGUGACGUAAAUAUGUGAAGGGAUGUCGAGAGCUAUGUAGCAAAGUAUGUGUUUCACAGGGAACACGUGUACAUAAACACGCCGCUCUGAUUGUUUUUCAUUAAUUUAUGGUAUCGUGUAUGAAAGGAAAAAUAGCACAGUGCAAGGUCAGAAUUUGUAUUUGACCACUGUGAUGAUGCAGUUGGGGUAUCAAUGUAGAAGGCUCCAAUAAAACAAACCUGUGUCAACAUUUGGUGGCGCUAGAGGCUUGGUGAAGUAAGGCAUGCUAACUCACAGGGCUAAUUUGCAAGCUAACUACUAAUACCAAUGACUGUAUAUAAAGAUAGACAACAGGUCUCCUCUUUCUCGCACUGCACAAAAAUGAGGCCAAAAUAACUCUGAUACAGGCGCUGGUCAUUUGGACCCAGAGUCUGUACAAUAGUGAUCAUGGAGUGGAGCUGUGGUAUCAAAGUCCUGUCUAUUUACCCAUCCUACCAAUCUAUAGAUUUGUUCCUAGCAUUGUCAAUAAUUAAUUAUACGUUUUCACAUAUUAUUCAAAAGUCAUAUUGAUGAUACCCUACUUUACUUUGGUUUCCAAGAUUCCUGUUGUAAAGUACAAAUCAUAAAAGUUGGAAGUGAAAGAUUUUACAAAAAUGCCAGCCAUACAACAUUCAAUGCCAACAAGGCAAAUUAAAAUCAGAGAUGAUGAUUCAAAAUAAAUGGUUGUAUUAAAAGUGAUGCAAUGUUUUUUUACUACAUCACUUUUUUUCACCUUAUUUCAUAUUCUCAACGCACUAAUGGAAGUAACAGUGGUCGUUAGCUGUGAGGCGAACUGUAGCUCUGAUGAGGUCGGAGGCAGUUUUCGUGUCUCAGACUAAACAUGUCCCUCCACACUGAGCUACAUAAAGUAUGUGACAUGUUUUGCCAUAGAUGACUGCAGAGCUGAGCGGGAGUCAAGAAGUACCUUUAUUACAUCACUGAACUGAAGAGAAGUGUAGUUUGGUUUGACCAUCAGUUUAACCUUUUUCCAGCAGCAAAGCAGUUGCAGCAGCAGUUUCCACUCGUGUCCCCUUCUGUUACGGCCAAGAGAAAGUCCAGCUGUACACCUUUAGGGCGUUUACUGCAUUCCUCUUAGAGGUAAUAUCAAAUUCUGCUCUCACGGUUUAUUGGCGAUAAAAGACCAGUGUUGUCCUGCAGGUUUAUGAUUUAUGCUGCUGGGCUUCAACCACUUCAAGAUUAUGUCUUCUCUAUCAGACUGUCUGUUUUAUCUCUUUAACCACCCAAACACAUGCUGCCGUGGCUUUAGGCGGGCCAGCUGGUGAUGAGACGAUCGCUAGAGUCAGCCUCAGGAGGGAAGACUUCUUUUCCAUCCUGCAGUUUUUAUGUGAAUGCACAGCUUCACUAAUGAGUUUGUGGAAAACAUCAGGAAGCUGCAUCAGAACACACGUCAUAUGUUCAUAGUAUGGUCUUUGUUGUUAAAACUCUUACAAAGAGCAUGGAAAAUUAUAGGUUACAACAAAACAUAUUUUCUCACUUAGUCCUAGGUGUCUCUCAAUGCAUAUAGUUGUGGUUUUAUUUGUCAGUGGACUGGGACAUCCAGUCUCCAGUACACGGGAACUGCUUUCUGCUUAAGAGGUCUCUUUGACCUUUGUUGACAAUAGCUACAUAUUUUCAGUAUUUUAAGUAUCGAGAAGUUUGACAGAAAAAGGUUUUAUGCCCACUUGAGGUACUACUCUACUCUCUUAUAACAGCAGUCGGGGUGUCAAUGUAGAAGGAUCCAGCAACACAAAUCUGCUUGGUGGUGCUAGCAGCUUGGUGAUGCUUGGUGAUGCCUUUUUAGCAACAUUUGAAAAGUUUGCUUCAAAUAUGCUUGAGCAUUGGAACAACAGGCUUUAACAGCACUGCAAAUUAACUUCAUCCACCUUUGACAUGUUGGGUUUGAGAGAUCGAUCUCUGAUGUCUCGUUGAGCGUAACAUAUAUUUACCCUGCACGCUGUUUUUUUGUGUUUAUGUACAAAAUAACUCAACACCACAUAGACAGAUUCUGACCAAACUCAAUCAAAGGUAUAGAUUAAGGUCAACUACAAUAUCUUUAUCUCCGCAGAUACCAUCUAAAGCCUAUAUUGUCACAAAGAAGUAAGAAAAGUAUCCAUCAAUCAAAUCUUACAUCUUCAGCCCAUAUUCCCAAAUCACAAUUUGCCUCAUAGGGCUUAACAAGGUGUGACAUCCUCUGCUCUUAACCCUAGACUGGAGCGAGGAAGCACCCCCAAAAUAAAACCUUUUAAAGAGAAAACAAUAUGGAGAAACCUCAGAGUAGGCUGUGAGGGAUCCCUGUCUCAAGAUGGACAGAAGUGUUGUGUGUAAGUUGUAAGUAAUUAAUUUGAGUAGGCAUAUUGUAUGGGUAAAGCAAUCUAGUUGCAAUCAUAAUCCACAAUCAGCUGCCACAACAAUCCACGAUGUGGCAGCACGAGCAUUCAACAAUAAAGCACAAGGACACCGGGGAAUAAGUCAAGCCAGUAACAUGUAUUGAUGGGACAUUAAACAGGAUGAUCAUUCUGUUAUUUUUUAGCUAGUUGCUGUUGACAUACACCUCUAUGUGAUAUUCGGUUUGGUGAUCCUGAAGAGGAAUUUCUUUGAGUUUGUGUUUACAGAAAGAACUGAAAACGGACCCCUGAAUUGAGCAAAUUACUCUUUAGGGGAGAACUUUGGAGCAUAUUCACUGAAGGGUAAAUGUGUUUUUUUUUUGUUUGGUUCACCAAAUCCUUUCAUUUCUUAGACAUUGUUGAAUGCUGUUAUACUCUUGUCUUAACACAGUGCAGCAGGGGGUCCGGGGUCUUGGACUUGAAGUGGGGAGCCAAAGUCAGCCACUGAUCUCAAAGGACAACUUUCUUCUUUUCUCCUCUCUGUUGUUUCUAGAGUUGCUGCUGAGUCAGACUAUCACACAGUUCUGAAGAACUGCUGCCGCACAUCCAAAACCUAGCAAUACUACUGCUCUUGUGCCCAUGUGUCCCAUUCGCCAGGUUUUCAUUUGGGACAUGGCCAUUUAGAAACUCUUCCAAAGCAAUGUCUCAAUCGGACAUUGACUCUGUAGUUGUCCAAUAGAGGGUGAAUAUAUCGUGUCUAAGCUCCUCUUAGCACCAAUGGCUGUGCCACAUGCAGAUGGCUGUAAAUGGUGCCAUCCAUCCCCGACUGCUGUCACUAGUUGGUAGUGUUGCCCAUUACAGGCUCAUUACCAACUCUGACUGCUACAACAAGAAGCAGCAGUGAGCCUAUGAGCAGCUGUGGUUGGAUGUUUGAUGGCUGCAGAAGCUGCCCACCCCCUACCCCCCUGAGCUGGCAAACACUCGCUGUAAAAGAGAGGCCUUUGUCUGAGAUGGCUAACUUGGGGGGCUAGAGUUGUUGGCAGCCCUACACCCAACUAUUGUUUUUGGCCAUUUCCAUUACUCCUCAACUCAUUCGGCUUCCUGUGAUACCUCCAUAUUUAUCUGCAUAUAGGUCAUCCACAGAGGAGACAGAGAGGAGGAAGAGAAGCAAGAGCAGAAAAUUAAGGGAGUGAAAGAGCCUGCAGAGAGUUAAAUGAAGUCCAUAUGAACAGAAGACAAGGAUGACUAAUUACAGGGAUUGCGCAACAUCUUGGGAGAUAAACUGCCUUACUUCUCCCUCAGAGCCGACACAUGUUGUGUAGCCGCUUAACAAAGACACAUAAAUCCAGCUGUAACUCAAAAGAACAAACAUCUUCUCUGCAGAUUUUUGAAAUCAAUAAACAUGGUACAACAUGUUAAUUACUGAGCUUUAGAGAUGACGAUAGCUGUGUUUUCAAACUUUGGACCGAGCCAGACUGUUUCCCUCUGCUGCUUUUUAAGCUAAGCUAAGCAUGUCCUGACUCCUGCUCUGUAGUGAAUACACAGACAUGAGACUGAAUAUCCAUCUUUUCAUCUCCCUCUUUAUCAGAAAAUAAUUCUAUUUCUCAAAAUGUUGAACUAUUCACUCAUUAACAAAACAAGCAUCAUUGUGGUCCUCUGGGUUUGACACAUCACUAAAAACUAGACAAGUUUUAAGUUUUUAUUGUUCAACAGCUGGCUGUUCUGAUGCUCAUGUUCAUUUUUUUUGACAUAUUGUAGUUAUCUGUUAAUGUGUCCGUCGGAUCUUCAGAAGUGUCAGUGUACUAAGGUGUAAGGUUUGCCUUUGCCAUGAAAAAAAAACUUGCAGUGAGACACUCUCUCUCCUUCUCACAGGGACCAGCUCUGUGAACUAUCAAACAUCGCUCCUAGCCAUCACAGAUAAUCACUGCAAGACACGGGACUGGUAGGGUUUUAAGUAUGUGUUUGCAUUUUGCUUUACACUAGGAUCAGCACCGUUUUUAUAGGUUGUUGUGAGCUGUGGAACUCUGUAUAACAUGUGAAUAUAGUUUAUGAACAGUUUUACUCUCGGCACUGGACCCUCCUAAAAGGAUCAAUACGAAGAUAUAGGAAAAAAAACGUACACACACGUAUAUCCUGUUCUAAUUAUGUUU